AAGCAUGCAAACAACUGAUCAAUGAUACAAUAGAUUGGCAAUAUCAGGAAGGAAUAAUCAAUAAGGAAAAGAAAUUGAUUCUUUCAGAGUCUCUAAAAGUUGUUGAUUUAGCAGAGCAGCAUGAGCAUGGUGAACGCUGGAAUGCACCCGAUUAUCACGUCAAUGAUGUAGUAUGUAUUGAUAUGAAAGAAUGUUAUCCAGCAAGUAUGCGAGGUCAAAGAGAAUAUACACCAUGGUUUAAUAGGUUCAGACAUCCAACACACUACCUUGUUCGAGUUGCGGUAAAUGGAGAAUUGCCAGAGAAUAAUAUCACUGGAUUUGUGCAGCGAUUCCCAUCUGAUACAGAAAACAUUUUGCAUGUCGAAGUGGAGAAGGAUAUGGGAAAGAAAAAGGAUGGGCACCUAUUAAAUCGAAAUAUUAGUUGUGCAAUUAUAGAUAAGUUUACACAAGGUGGUAAGAUUAAUGAAAAACGCCUUACUCAUCGACUUGUAACAGAUGAAAGUGAGCUUGAUUUCUUAAUCAAAGAUUGUACUGAUGCUGGAACUUUUGCCAGAAGAAAAAAAUGUCCACUCGGAUUCAUACUUACAUAUUACGAGAGACAUCAACCUCAAUAUACAUAUUUGUGGGCCUCAAU